GGAAUUUAAAGGUCCAAAGAGACCGCUAGCGGACUGUGCUCCGUUCCAAUACUUACUAGUUGAUUAACACAUGAGGGCUUUUGUCUGCCAUGUGCGAAUGUUUUAGUUUCUGCAGAGGAAAAGAUUUUGUUGACGAGUGGUGAAUUACCAAAAUACACAAGCCUGUGAUGUCAAAAAGAGACAGUGUUACCCAAUUCUUCUACGGGGACUGUGUGAUGCAUAAUUUAUGAUGUUACACACAACAUUUGGUGUGAUAAAUUCUUGAGCACUGCUAAUAUAGUGCCUGAAGGUCCUUUCUACAGUGCGAUUUAGACAACACUCAGAAACACUAGAGCUCUGUGACAGAUGAACUAACUACCAGAGUAUUUCAUUCAGGAAUUUAAAUGUCAUUUUCCUAUGCAUCAAUUUCUUUUCUUUUGCUGUUUUCAUUUUUAAACAAGGGCAAGUGAUGAUGUGUGUUCCACUCUAUUAAGUAUGAAUAUUUUCAUUGAUAAAAGAAAAAAAAAUUCUGCAAGGAUUGGAGAUUGGACAUUUAAAAUCAUGGAAGCAUGUCAUGAUCAGAGAGAAUGUUAUGGUAUUUAUCAAGCCAGGCUGUAAUUAAUAUGGAAAGUUUAUCUCAGAUGUGUAACAUCACGCCGUCCAAUAAGAAAAGAGAAUACAAGAAUCCAAAUGAUUUACACUGAAGUAAAUUAAAAAGACUGGAAGCAUUGUAAACAUGUAUACUUCAAGCUGAUGCGAUUGUGUCGUUUCCAACAGUGAAGAAUUCUAAACUGCCAUUCAAAAAAAAAAAAAUCUCCUUCUCUCUUGUUGGCUACUAUUACGGAAAGAAAAUUCAAUGAGGGAAGUUUUAUUUGAGUGUACUGUGCAAAAAUCAACAAAUAUGGAGGAUCUUGUGUUUCUGGUCAAUGCAACUUGACAAGGGAGUUACUUCUGCCAUGUGAAGGUUUUCUCACGUUGUGUUAGGAAUUGGUUUGUGGUGUUUCUGUGGCCCGUGCUGCUAUGGGUGAAAGUCCUCCACUGAAUGGGGACCUGGACGCGGAGCUGUGGUCCUCUCCCCUCAUGCACUAUACCUCACCUUUCGAUGACUACAAAGAUCUGUUUGAUCAAAUCCCCAAAGAUACCAAUGUGUUCCAGUUUCCAGACACUGCAGCCAAACCUACCUCAGGACCCACCAAACUUCCCGUGCCCCAGAGAUCCCCCACCCUCCCCACCUCCCCCCUCUGUCAGGACACCACACCAUCUCCAAGCCAUAGAUCUGAUGAUGAUGUGGACUUUGCCAAACCUCUCUCCACCAAAGUACCCCAAGCCAAGAGGGCGUCCUCUGCCUCCUCAGCCUCCUCCUCGGUGGGGGCCAGGAAAAGCCUGCUCCCCACCAACCGGUCAAGCUCAGCCUCAACCUCUCUGAAGAGACGACGCUCCAUAGCGGGCCCUCCUACCUCAGGCCAGUCUGGAGGUGUGGAUGAAGAACUUUUUACCAAGUCUUUUGAAGAUGUUCCAAAAGUGCAGAUCUUUUCCUCCCGAGAUGUUCAGGAUCAACUAUCCAAGAUCCAGACCAUAUUGAGUGACACCAACAGUAUCUGGGAGAAGCGCUGUGAGGCUGUAAAAAGUAUCAGAUCUGUGAUAGUGGCCGGUGGGAUGGAGUACGACGAUUUCCAGCAGAGCAUGCGGUCCCUGGAUGUGAGUCUGAUCACCUCUGUCAAAGACCUGAGGUCCCAGAUUGUCCGCGAGACCUGCAUCACACUAGCGUACCUGUCUCAGCGGAUGGGUUCCCGGUUUGAACACCUGGCGGAGGUUCUGUUACCUCACCUGAUCAACCUCAUUCCCAACAGUGCCAAGGUGAUGGCCUCCUCGGGAGUCACCUGCAUUUAUUUCAUCAUUCAGUAUACCCAAUCAUCACGCCUCAUACCAAUCCUCAUUAGCAACCUUUCAUCAAAGUCUAACAUCAUUAGGAGACACUGUUUUGAAUUUUUAAACGUAGCACUUCAAAAUUGGAAUACACAUUACUUAGAGAAACACAUAGCUGGACUUCAGGACGCGAUAAAGCGGGGGAUCUCUGACGCCGACUCAGAGGCCAGGGUGUUUGCCAGAAAAUGCUUCUGGGGGUUUGCCGAGCACUUCAAGGAGCAGGCAGACAUGUUGAUGAACGCGCUGGAGCCUCGAGAUCAGAAGCUGCUGAACGAUCAGUGCAGUGGCUCCUCCAGUAAUUCCGUCAGCAGUGAUUACGCUGGAAAAUCACGGCCCCGAUCGGCCAGUCAGGACCGAAGUACAGGGUUUGAUUCCAGUACCUUAGGACGAAUCGGAAAAAAGAAGCAUUCAAAUUUUAGCUCAGCUAGGAGUGAUACUGGAGCAGAAAUUAGGUCACGUUCUCUUAAAUUUUCAAAAGACGUGGAUGUCAGUGGUGCUGCACGCCACCAUGGGGCAGAUUUAGACAAAACUUUAAGUAAGUCUGUUAAGGAUCGCAUUAUCCGCUCUAGUAGUGCCGUCGAUCUAGCAAAUGGGAUGAGCCCAUCCUAUUCCAGUUACGCCUCACCGAAACGGCGGUCGCCUCAAAUGGCGGCUGCCUCUCGAAUGAUGCCAGGAGCCACUUACUCACUGCCACGUCAUCGAAGUAGCUCAACUCAUCAAAAUCUUGGCACCUUGGACCGUAAUAGUCGGGCCCGCAACAAAAAUGGUAGCUCCCAAUCGCAGCCCAAUAGUAGAUCUAGUUCACCAACCUCCAGAAUCAGUUACUUGACACACACCCAAAAGGACCCAAUGACCCCAAGGUCAAUGAGGAGGUCAGGGGCCGCUCGCAGUCAGGGGGCAAGUAGGGAGGGCAGUCCCAACAGGGUUCAUAUGCAGCCAGGGAGAGAGAGGCGCUUAAGUGGUGGGAAGACCCUGCCCACUUCUGCUGGCAGGAGGAAGGCCGGGGUACUUGCACAGCGCACCCUCAGGCCAGGGCAGGAUGUAGAGGAGGCACUCACAGAUGCACUGAGAACUCAGAACAGGCGGCGGUAUGAGUACGACUCGGAUGAUGCGGCGAGUGAAACCUCCAGUGUGUGCUCAGAGAGGUCCUACAGGUCAAUAGGGCAAACCUCGGAGUCUACGAGUAAGGAUUCAAUCUGUUCGCCUCCAACUGUAGAAAGUGUGAAAACCCCAAAGGACACAACAGAAAUUAUUGCGUUGUUAGGGAGCGGUUCCCAUGGCGAUAGGAAGGAAGGACUUAUAGCACUGCAGAACCUUCUUAGGAAUGGCAGAUUUUUAAGUCGGGUGGAACUGCAGAAAGUGUGCGAAGUUUUUAACAGAAUGUUCCAUGAUCCUCACAGCAAAGUUUUAAGUUUAUUUUUAGAUACAUUAGUUGAUUUGAUUCAAGUCCACAGCCAAGACUUGACCAAUCAAAUGUUUCCAUUUUUAACUCGUCUACUGAACAAGUCUGGACAGGAUUUGCUGGGCUCCGUUCAGAAUCGGGUACAGAGGGCCCUGGAUGCCGUCAGAGAAAAUUUUCCAGCAGAACAACAGUUUAGUGCAUUGUCCAAGUACAUUGUCGAUCAAACUCAAUCAGCCAGUCUGAAGGUGAAGGCUUCUCUGUUGAACUACAUGCAUAAUCUGGUGUUAGUGAUGAAUGAUACAGACUUUGUCAACUCUGCUGACACGAGGCUUGUGCUGUCGCGCAUCAUCAACUUCACGACGGAACCCAAAAGUGUGGAAGUCAGGAAGGCGGCCCAGUUAGUACUGAUUGACCUGUUUAACCUGAAUGCCCCAGAACUGUCCAUGAUGUUGACAAAUCUGCCUAAACCAUUCCAAGACAGUGCCACCAAGAUCCUACAGACCCACAUGAGGAGUGCCAGUCGUGAGAGUCGCGACAGUACCAGUGAUGUGCUGUCACCCAAAAAUGUCACCCCACAACAGAACAGGAGCCGACCCCCCUCCAGGGGUCACCAUGAUGAGAUGGAGACGGAGAACAUGAACCCCGAGGACAUCUACAACUCCAUCAAGCAGACGACGGCCGACAUUCAGAACCUGAGCUUUCACAGUAAGCUGGAGAGUUAUGAUCCGGUCAAAAAGAAGCGGGAGUUUACCUCCCAGGACAGCGGGAUCCAGGAUCUCCGGAACGAUAGUCCAGAUGCAGUUGAUUCCAGGAAAGGCAACUACAACCCCUCCCAAUACUCAGACGAGGCAAUGAAUGGGUACAACAACAGGUCUCGCUUAGCAGAUGCUGAACUAGAUGAUAGUGAAUUAUUUAACGAAGAUCCCUGGAAAGCCAUAUUAGGAUUCUCAUGCUCUGAGCAUGAUGAGUCUACAGAUAAUGAUGUCAUCACCACCAUUUUAACGGAAUUAUCCAAUCAUAACAAGAGGAAUAAUGAACGAAAGGAUGCCAUGCUUUCCUUGAUCAAAAUGACGAGAGAAGGAAAUUUCAACUUCUGGGAUGAACAUUUCAAAACCAUUCUUUUUGUGUUGUUGGAAACGCUUGGGGACACAAAUGGCCAUAUAAGGGCAUUAGCAUUACGGGUACUUAGAGAAAUUCUUAAAAAUCAACCUAGUCGAUUCAAGGAUUACACAGAGCUGACGAUUCUUCGGAUUCUGGAGGCUCACAAGGACACAGAGCGAGAAGUGGUGCGAUCGGCGGAGGAGUGUGCCGAUACACUGGCUAAUUACCUGCCACCCGAAACCUGUGUUCGCAUCCUGAACCCCAUUAUCAGCACCGCUAACUACCCGGUCAGCCUGGCCGCCAUUAAGAUGCAGAAUAAGGUGCUAGAGCUGUUACCUAAAGACACAUUAGAAGCACAGAUGGCAGAAAUCAUUCCUGGAUUACUUAGGGGAUAUGAUGACCAGCAGAGUACAGUCAGGAAGUCGGCCGUCUUCUGUCUGGUAGCCAUUUAUCUGAAGGUCGGCGAGGGGAUCUGGAAUCACCUCACUAAGCUCAACUAUAGUAAAGUAAAAUUAUUGAAUUUAUACAUCAAACGAGCUCAGCAGUCUAGUAGUGGUACUUCAGCAUCUUCCUUAGAUACAUGAGACAAGUUCCAUAGCAACAUGUUACAUUGCCAUAGAAACCGAUGAUACCAUUCCACAGGAAGAGCU